ACUCAAUCGAAAUUAGCCAAUUGCCCUCACUCCUGUAUAUAAAUACCCGGCAGAAUGGCUCCACGGUCGAGACUUUCAGAUAUAACACUUCGGGCCAACAACAGCCAGCAGCACUCGGCGCGCCAAAUAACUAUAUUUGAUGCACUGAACGCUGCGCAUAGACGCAACAAACGCCAGCGCCAGCAGCAGUUGUCAGCCGACGACUGCGAAAAUAUCGAUGGCAAUGCACAUACGCCAAACAAAAAGCCGUCACGGAGGCCACACCUCUACCUUAAAAGCAGCACAGCUAUGGACGUUUGCCCGCCAGUACACUGCUUGGAGUCACUUGUCUCGCCCACCACCAACAUGUUUAGACUGUAUGCGUCAGACGACACACAGGCUGGCUUAGACAACAGAAUGGCGCUGGUAGACGAAGGUGGGUCGAUCAGCAUCUUCAAUACAGUCAGUCAUAAUGAUGAUGACAACGGAAUGGUGCCGGCGAGUCGAUGGCGCGGCCAUGACAACGCGAUAUUUGACAUCAAGUGGAGACACGGCGAUGCGCAGCUGCAGCAGGCAUUGCUAGGCGAGUUCCGCGGUCACUCGCAGACUGUGCGGAUCGCGUCCGAUGGCCUGUACACAUACCGGCCAGUUAAGACCAUCGAACGUGCCCACCAUGGCGUUGUUCGUGCAACCAAACCCCACCAACCAAAGACUAAAAGACACACCGGCAGUGUUACCAACGUCCAGUCCUUGGCUCACAAUCCAAACUUGAUAGCCUCGGUAGGGUCAACUAAUGCAAUGGUUAGGUACUGGGAUAUGAGGAGCAGUUACUCGACACGCUCGACGCUGGCCCUACCUGUUCCACGCCCACGCGGGGCGUCGUCGCUGACACUGGAUCCUGAUGGCACCCGCCUUUACAGCGCCUCCAACGACAACACAGUCUAUGUACACAAUGCUUUGGCGCCCGGGUACCCGGUGGCACAUCUGACUGCACCCGAGUUUAUCUGCGACAGCUUCAACAUCAGCACAUCAGUGAGUCCAUGUGGUCAAUACUUGGCAGCCGGAUCCACAAACGGCAGCGUAGUAGUGUGGGAGCUGGAUCGGUAUGGAUUCAACAGCAGCAAGCGGCGGGUUGUGCUGCAGGGCCACACUAAAGAGGCUAGCUGUGUCGCGUGGUACCCGCUACAGGACCGCACCCAGCUGGUGACAUGUGGAGACGACAGUGUGAUGCGUGUGUGGGAUAUUGAUGCGGAGCUGGCAGAGCAGGGGCGGAACGAUCCGAUGAAGCGGUGCCAGUGGGGAUUGGCCUCGGUGCUAAUCAGCAGCAUGAGUAAAUGU